GAACAUGGACUACUUUAAAAUGGAGAUAGCCUCAAUGGCGCUGCCCAUGUCACGUACGCUAUAAUGGCAUAGAGACAAAGGUGAGUCCUAUAUCUAGCUCUAUGUAAAUAAUCGCUCAAUAUUAUUUGCAGAUCAGUCAGUCAAAAUGUACCCAUGAUACAACACGGUUUUGACGCGCUUGAACACGGCCAUUAGGUGGGAAGGCCACUGUUAGCAAUGGGACAUAUGUUUUAUCGAUGAAUCUAUUGUUUAGUCGUGUUGUUAUUGAUAUAGUAAUGGAGCUGUCAUGUCAAUGCAACCUUUAAUAUGAGAAAUUCCUGGGCAUGCGUUUCGUGUUUUUUUUUUAUUUUUUUACAGACGAUGGAUUAUCAGUUUCUAAUGUAGUCACUGCUGGGUAGGUAAGGAGCACAUCAGGUGCCCAGUAACUAUAGCUAGCAUAACUUUCCAUAACAAGAACAGUAUGCUAAUAUUCCAAAUGUUGGUGGUCGUCGUCUAGCUACGUAUUUUUGCCCCCCAAAAAUGCACGGUAGCCAAUGUUUACAAUCUCGCUCGAGCAUUGUUUUGUGCGUUAUUUCGCAACACGAGAAGGUUGCCAUUUUCUCGUAGCUAUUGCAUGGACAUCAUGAUGCACGCGACUUGCGCACAAUGUUUAUAUUUGUGAAUUCUCGUGAUAUUCCAUGAUUUGAUUCGUUUAUUCGCGUUAAUACCAACCACCCUUCCUCGAAUGUCUAUGGAGGGGGACGAGGGAAACCGCGACCAAUCGUCGCGGGAAGAGUGGACACUCCUGUUUUGGACCACUCUCGCUGUCGUAGUGCCGGUGAUCAUUACUUUGUGGUGCAGUGUCCAACGCUCCAAACGGAAAAUACACAUGAAAGACUUCUUCCGCAAGAGCAAGCACGGUUGGCACUGCACCGACCUGUUCAACAAGCCCACCUACUGCUGUGUAUGCCAACAACACAUUCUGCAAGGGGCGGUCUGCGACUGCUGCGGAGUGUGUGCCGACGAGACAUGCCUGCGUCGCGCCGACCGGAGCCUUGUGUGCAAAGAGAUCAUGGCUCCGUCCCGAACGGAUGGGACACUGGCGCACCGCUGGGUCCGGGGAAACGUCCCUCUCUGCAGUGUCUGUGCGGUCUGCAAGGAGCAAUGUGGGAACCAACCGAAGCUGUGUGACUUUAGGUGUGUGUGGUGUCAGACCACGGUGCACGACGACUGCAAGCCCAGCCUGUCGGACGGGGAGCGCUGUGAGCUGGGCGAGUUCCGCAGCCUCAUCAUCCCCCCUCACUACCUCCACCACGUCAACAAGCUCCGCCGCAGGCACCCCGAUGAGUACAGCAAGGUCAUAGGUCACACCCAGGGAGGGCUGGCAUCUGCCUGCGGGAGCGGCUGGACUCCAGUGCUGGUCCUGGCCAACACUCGCAGUGGGAACAACAUGGGGGAGGCUCUGCUUGGAGAGUUCCGCACCAUCCUCAACCCUGUCCAGGUGUUUGACCUGUCAGAGCUGCCUCCCUCUAAGGCCCUGCAGCUGUGCACCCUGCUGCCUCCAGGCAGUGUGAGGGUGCUGGUGUGUGGGGGGGACGGAACCGUGGGCUGGGUGCUGGAUGCUAUCGACACCAUGAAGCUCAAGGGCCAAGAUCAGUUCAUCCCCAGGGUGAUGAUCCUGCCCCUCGGUACGGGGAACGACCUGUCCAACUCCCUGGGCUGGGGGUCGGGCUACGCCGGGGAGAUCCCUGUGGAGCAGGUGCUCCGGAACAUCCUCGAAGCAGAGGUGGUCAAGAUGGACAGGUGGAAAGUUCAGGUAGCCUCAAAGGGGCUCUACUUUCGUAAGCCAAAGGUCCUGUCCAUGAAUAACUAUUUCUCAGUGGGCCCGGAUGCCCUGAUGGCGCUCAACUUCCACACGCACCGUGAGAAGACCCCCUCCUUCUUCUCCAGCCGCAUCAUCAACAAGGCUGUAUAUUUUAUGUAUGGCACCAAAGAUUGCUUAGUUCAAGAAUGCAAAGACCUGGAUAAGAGGAUUGAGUUGGAGCUGGAUGGAGAGAGGGUGGCCUUGCCCAGUCUGGAGGGCAUCAUCGUGUGUAACAUCGGCUACUGGGGCGGAGGCUGUCGUCUGUGGGAGGGCAUGGGGGACGAGCUCUACCCCCCUACGCGGCUGGAUGACGGGCUGCUGGAGGUGGUGGGUGUGUUUGGCUCCUUCCACUGUGCUCAGAUCCAAGUCAAGAUGGCCAACCCGGUGCGGCUGGGUCAGGCCCACACAGUCAGGCUGGUGCUGAAGACGUCCCGGAUGCCCAUGCAGGUGGACGGGGAGCCGUGGGCCCAGGGCCCGUGCACCAUCACCAUCACCCACAAGACCCAGGCCUUCAUGCUCUACCACAGCGCCGAGCAGACCGACGACGACGACGACGAAUCCAGCACCUCCGAGGCUGAGAGCUCCGCCCCCCAUGACUCUCCCAAGCCAGCAGGUCCUGCCUCUGCUCGUGCCUGAGCCCCCAAGUUCCACCACCUCAAUGUUUCAUCCAUACCCCUCCUCUGUUUGUUAUAGUAAAUGCUGAUGACAUAAUGCCACGCUUGCACACUCCCCAGAUGAUUAUAAGUGAGAGCUCAGGCAUAUUCCUGUCUCUGGGUAAAGGAGGCAGAUGUUUCGGUGGAGAAUGGCGUAUUUCCACUGAUCCCUUGUUCCAUAGUUAUAAUAGCUCUAUAGUUAUAACAGUUUGGCAGUGUUUCCCAAACACUUGUGUGUCCCUGACUCAGGAGGAAGCAUUGACCUCGACACUCGUACUCCUAUGAUAGAAUAUAUAUUUAUAUUAGUAAGUCAAUCACUGGACGUUUGUUUUGUUAAUUAUGUAUUUCAUGAUGAUGCACUGUUUCUGCCAUGUUGGCCAAAUCCCCUAUUACAUGUACCGUAUUGGGCAGACACUAGUUAGUGGUUACUAAGUCUUAAGAAAAUGUUACUUGACUAUAUUUCUUAUGAGUUUAUUAGGACUCCUAGUUAACCAUUCCUAGUGAAAUAUCCGUUGCUUAUGAAGGAUUUAAUCACAGGUUUUUUCAUUUCAACCUUGUCAUUUUUGGAGACAAAAUGUCUACCACUAUAAUCUACUGUCUGUUAGCGUGCUCCUACUUUUUUUAAGCAAUAUUUUUGUCCUUUUCUUAAAUUAGACCUCUUUGUGUUGGAUACUUCUUAUUGCACUGUAGGAAUUACUCCAUAGGAUAUAGUUAGAAUUGUACCAUCCCUCAACUGAGUUGCAACUGCUCAAAGUGUUCAUAGGUAUAGUUGUAUUACACUGUCCGUAUCUAUUUUGUUUAUGUUGUCUACGAUGGAAAGAUUGUUUAUUUCAAACAUUUUUUAAUGUCUUCAUGCUGCUUAGCACUAGACAACCGCUAGGUGACACCCUAUGUCUGUCACAUAGAAAUAGGUGAGCAUCUAGCCAUUCUAUUUCUAUGGUGUGUCGACUGUCAAUGUUUAUUACCUCGGAAUGUUUUAAUGAUCUGUGAUUGGGGUUUUUCCUGAAUCUCUGUCACCUUUCAAGAAUGUCAGCUUUUUUUUUGUGUCAUUUUAGGGAGGUCAAGGUUCAAAGUUGAGAUGAUAUCAGGUUUGUUACAGCCAUAAUAAAGUUAUAGGGGGUGUUCCAGGUCGACUCUUAUGCAGUCACACUGCGCACCUGGUUCCUAAGCACUUCUGCAGGUCCCUAAGCCCGUGGAACCAGUCUGAUCACUGCGUUUGCCAUUCUAUUUCAAAUCACGUGCAGUAGAACAGAACUGUUAACACAGCAAUCAGAUUGGUUCCACCAGGUUACCAGGUCCCGCCUGUCCAUAUAAGCUUAUUCAGUGUGAGCUAUAAGGGAAAACUGAUCCUAGAUCAGCACUCCUAAUCAUCUGUGCAGCGUGACUGCAAAAAAAUAUGACCUGGAAGGUCUCCUAAAAGUCUCGGCGCUUAAGAGAUUAAGCCAGAGCCAACCAGUGGCAUCAACUGUAUAAUGGGAGGAUUGUCAAUGUUAACCUAAAACUUCGGAGGUCCAUAGUUAUCAAUAUAAUGCCUAUGCUUGUGAUCUAUAAGUGCUUACAUUCCCUUUGUGUGUGUUAAGCCGUUGGGUAAUCGUCUCGUUGCUUGGGGACACCCAUUUUAUGUGUAUCUGCGCUUCUACUGUAUGUUUACAACAAACCUGAAUGUUCUAGAAACAGGUCUGAGCAUCUUAACUGUGGACGGAAA